UGGCUGCGUUUGACCCACCUGGCAGAUUCAGAUAAGAACACUGGGAUGGGCAGUACUAAUAAGGAGGCACGUAGUGGCCAUUCUGAUACAGUUUCACAUGCGGCCGAGAAUCAGUCCAGCACCCCGACGCAUGACAUUCCAACUUUCACGCACCAGGCAGAUAUUUCAGCAUCCACAUCCGGAAUUCAGCACAAACGUCUGCGGAAGCCACCUGUCUGGCAUUGUGAUUAUGAUGUGCGACUUAACACAGUGAAAAUAAACUCCCCUCCCCACGUUUGCGUUGCUCCAAACGCCGAUUCAGCUCUUUCAGCUCACAAAGAACCUACCUCUUAUCAUGAGGUCGUCCGUGAUCCGC